AUGCCUUCAAGACUCUCGGAUGCUUUCAGAGCCCAUCCUCUCUACCAUAACCCUAAACACUUGGACUUAAAUUCAGUAAAAGAAUUACCAGACUCACAUGCAUGGGCAUCACUUGAGGGAGACCCUUUUUCCAGUGAAGACUCUUGUAGCAUAGAGACUCCACCAAUCAUUGAUCUCAGUGACCCAAAUGCCCUAAAACUGGUAGGGUAUGCAUGCAAAACUUGGGGUGUGUUUCAAGUCAUAAAACAUGACAUCCCAUUGAGCCUUCUCAAUGACAUUGAGUCGGCCGGGAGGACCCUUUUCUCUCUCCCCAUCCAGCAAAAGCUCAAAGCUGCUCGAUCCCCCGACGGUGUCUCGGGAUAUGGCGUAGCUCGAAUUUCUUCUUUCUUCCCCAAGCACAUGUGGUCCGAAGGGUUCACUAUUGUUGGAUCACCACUUGAACAUGCUUCCCUUCUUUGGCCCCAAGAUUACAGCAAAUUUUGUGAUGUAAUAGAAGAAUAUGAGAAAGAGAUGAAAAAGCUAGCUGGCAGGCUGAUGUGGCUAAUGCUAGAGUCACUUGGCAUCGCCAAGGAAGAUGUCAAAUGGGCUGACCCGAAAGGAGACAUCAAAGGGGAAGGUGCUACCGCAGCCGCCCUACAGUUGAACUUUUACCCGGCUUGUCCGGAUCCAAACCGGGCCAUGGGCCUUGCUGCGCAUACCGAUUCCACCCUCCUCACCAUCCUCCACCAAAACAACACAAGUGGUUUACAGGUCCUCCGGGAGGGAAUUGGUUGGGUCACUGUUCCUCCGAUCCAUGGUGCCCUAGUGGUCAACAUAGGGGACUUGCUCCAUAUACUAACCAACGGGUUGUACCCGAGUGUCCUUCACCGGGCCGUGGUUAACAGGACCCAACAACGACUAUCCAUUGCUUAUCUCUUUGGGCCGCCAUGCAGUGUUCAAAUCUCACCACUCUCAAAACUAGUUGACCAUGGCCACCCUCCUCUCUACCGGCCGGUCACUUGGAAUGAGUAUCUUGGCACCAAGGCCAAGCAUUUUGAUAAGGCACUUUCGUCGGUCCGGCUUUGUUCUUCUCCUAAUGGAUUUUCCGAUGUAAAUGAUCAUAACAGAGUGAAAGUUGGCUAG